AUGGCCGAAGAAGUUAUUUUCAAGAAGACCUACGUCAAUUGUCCCGCGGCUUACCCCCGGAACCAUCCCACCUCCACCAUGCACCCUGACGACCGUCUCAUCGUUCAGGCUGCUAUUUACGAGCCCAAGGAGUUGACCAAACCCCUCAAGGGCUCUCCCACCCUCAUUUUCCACGCCGCCAACGGAAUGCCCCGAGAGGCCUUGAUCCCCUUCUUUGAGGAUCUGUACAGCCUGCUCAAGGACAACAGCAUCCAGCUCAACGGUAUCAUUGCCUUCGAGGCCGUCAAUCAGUGCAACUCCAACAUUAUCAACGAAAAGUUUCUAGGAGACACGUACGAGUGGAACGAUGGUCCCCGAGAUCUGCUUUCGGGUCUCUCUUAUCUCCGAUUCGGCAAGCACCCUCUUAUGAUGAGCGGUCCUCUUAUCGGAAUGGGCCACUCUGUGGGAGGCAACAUUGUGUUCUCUCUCGCCGAGCAGAACCCCCACUACUUCUGCAUGGUGCUGGGUCUGGAGGCUAUGCUUCUGCCCGAUGAGGCUCGAAUCGACAUGCGAGACUCGUACGCCGCCCAGUCCUACAAGCGACGAGACAUCUGGCCCGAUCUGGAGACAGUCAAGAACAAGUUCGCCAAGAACCCUGCCUUCAAGAACUGGGACCCUCGAGCUUUUGGUCUGUACCUCAAGUACGGUUUCCGAGAGCUGCCUACACACCUCUAUCCUAACGAGCGAGGAGUCACUCUGUCUACCGAUAAGCAUGCCGAGACCCACCUGUUUGUGCAGCGAAGCAAGAACCCCAACGCCGAGGUGCCUUUUGAGCGAGAAGAGCCCCACGAAGUGUUCAACGAUCUUCUCAAAAUCGCCGUGCCCAAGAUGUUCCUAUGUGCUCAAGAUUCCUUCAUUGGCAUCUUUGAGGAGUAUUACCCUCGAAUCAUGAAGCCCGGAGACGAGUUCCUGAUGGUCCCCGGCAGCCAUCUGGUCCCCUAUGAGCAGCCCAAGGCUAUUGCUGAGGCCUUUGUCCCCUUCAUCAAGAAGAACUACUUCCAGUGGGUCGAGGAUCGAGAGAAGAACAUCAAGACCGUUCGAAAGCGAAUGAUCGACCAGGAGUUUGCAGAUCUCAUUACCAACAGAGACUCCAAGUUGUAG